AUGUCCACCACCACCGACCAACUAAGCAUCACAUCGACCCUCCCCCUCCAAUCCCCUUCGAUCUCCAUCCCCCGCCUCGGCUUCGGCGUGUAUCUCUCACCACCCAACACUUGCACACAAUCCUGCCUCACAGCCCUCUCAACGGGGUACCGACACAUCGACACCGCCCAAUUCUACGGCAACGAGGCAGAAGUCGGAACAGCCCUCCAGCAAUCCAACCUCCCACGCUCCUCCGUCUUCAUCACGACCAAAAUCCUCUCCGCAGCCGGGUCCGUCGAGAAAUCCUACCAGAAAUGCCUGGACAGCGUGCGGAAACUCGAUCCGCGCGGCGAUGACGGCUACGUCGACCAAUUCCUCAUCCACAGCCCGAACGCCGGUGCGAAAGUGCGCAAGGAACUGUGGCAAGCGCUUGAGAGACUGUACGCCGAGGGCCGGGCGAAGAGCAUCGGCGUCAGUAAUUUCGGCAUUGGGCAUAUUCAGGAACUGAAGAGCUUCGCGACCGUGUGGCCACCGCAUGCCAAUCAGAUCGAGCUCCACCCUUGGUGCCAACAACGCGAUAUUGUUCGCUACAGCCAGGAGCACAACAUCAUCAUCUCGGCGUAUUCGCCGCUGGUGCGGAACUACAAGGCCAACGACCCGACACUGGUGGUGCUGGCGCAGAAAUACAAGAAAUCCACUGCCCAGAUAUUGAUCCGCUACUCGCUGCAGAAGAACUGGGUGCCGUUGCCGAAGAGCGAUAAUCCGGAGUACAUCAAGGGAAAUGCCGAGGUGUUUGAUUUCGAGAUUGAGGAGGGUGAUAUAAGGACGUUGGAUGCCCUCGAUGAGGGCGAGAAGGGCGCGAUUGUGCAGGCCGUGGAUAAUAGUUAA